GGUAUCACAGAGACAGAUACUUCCACUGGGAGGACAGAUGGGUUACUUCUUGUACUUCUCCACUGAGACAUGGACUUUGCUGGUUGCCUUUGUCACACUCCUCCUUGUGUAUGCCUACUGGCCUUAUGGAACUUUCAAGAAAUUAGGUGUUUCUGGUCCUAAACCUGUCCCAUUUUUUGGGACAAUGCUGCAUUAUCGAAGGGGGUUCUUCAAUUUUGAUCAAGAGUGCUAUCGGAAAUACGGGAAAAUAUGGGGUAUUUACGAUGGCCGCCAGCCCGUGUUGUGUGUCGCAGAUCCUGAAAUCAUAAAGGCCAUUCUGGUUAAGGAAUGCUACUCUUUCUUCACCAACCGCAGAAAUUUUCAUCUGAAUGGGGCCCUGUAUGAUUCCCUGUUCAAUGCUGAAGAUGACCAAUGGAAAAGGAUCCGCAGUGUCCUAUCUCCUUCCUUCACCUCUGGAAAACUGAAAGAGAUGUUUGAAAUCAUGAAGAGUCAUUCUGCUAACCUGAUCCGCAGCAUGAAGAAAAAGGCAGACAAGGGAGAAGCAUUAGAACUGAAGGAAUUCUUUGGAUCAUAUAGCAUGGACGUCGUAACCAGUACAGCCUUCAGUGUAGACAUUGAUUCACUGAACAACCCUUCAGACCCAUUUGUGACAAACAUCAAGAAGAUGCUGAAGUUUUGACUUUUUAAACCCCCUCUUCCUCGCUGUGCUUUCUUCCCCUUCCUCGGUCCCAUACUUGAAAAGUUAGAACUUUCUUUUUUCCCCAAAUCUGUGACCGACUUCUUUUAUACUUCUCUGGAGAAGAUUAAAUCCAACCGUGAGGCCAACCAGCAGAAGAGUCGAGUAGAUUUUCUCCAACUAAUGAUUGAUUCCCAAAAGAACAAUGAGUUGCAAAAGGACAAAAGAUUAAGUGACCAUGAGAUCCUUUCCCAAUCCAUGAUUUUCAUUUUUGCUGGUUAUGAAACAAGCAGCAGUUCUCUCUCUUUCUUGGCUUACAAUCUGGCUACCAACCCAGAGGUCAUGAGAAAGCUCCAAGAGGAGAUUGAUUCCACCUUCCCCAUCAAGGCUCCUGUUCAGUAUCAGCCUCUGAUGGAGAUGGACUACUUGGACAGCGUCAUCAAUGAGUCUCUCCGGUUGUUCCCCAUUGCCGCACGUUUGGAGCGUGUGGCCAAAGCAUCUGUGGAGAUAAAUGGCCUUGUGAUUCCAAAAGACAUGGUUGUCCUGGUGCCCACAUGGCCUCUUCACCGGGACCCUGAGAUAUGGCCAGAACCAGAGAAAUUCAAACCUGAGAGAUUCAGCAAGAAAAACAAGGAGGACAUCGAUCCAUACACAUACAUGCCUUUUGGGUUAGGGCCAAGGAACUGUAUUGGGAUGAGGUUUGCUCUCGUGAUGAUGAAACUGGCAGUGGUGGAGAUCCUGCAGCAGUACAGCUUCUCUGUGUGUAAAGAGACUGAGAUCCCAUUUGAGAUGGAUGUCCAGGGUUUGCUAGCACCCAAAAGACCCAUCCAUCUGAAGCUGAUCCCUCGCUCCUAAUCUUCCAGCUGAAGAAAUAUUUUUAAUUCAAAUUGUUAAGUUUAUUUUCUAAAGUUUAUAUUCUUUUCCCAUGAAUAAAUUUGUUGCAUAAUAACAAUACAUCUUAUAUAAUACUUCUUGGAGUACGCAAAGAAGAUUAAAUUUAUGAGCUUUAGUGUCUGUUCCUGUUUUCCUAUCUGUAAUGAUGUAUAUUUUUGAGUGGAGUCAAAUGUUCCAGGCAUGAAAAAUUGAGUUGAUUUUUAGUGUUUUUUCAGUGAAGCCUAUGGUGUUGUAAGUCCCCCUAUUCUUUAUAUGGUGAACUGAGAGAUGAAAUGCCUCAGAUGUUGCAAUUGGCAAACCGACUUGCAGGAAUGUCAAUCAGACCUUUUGGUUGUGAAUUUAAUAUUCAUUCCUCUACCACAAGUUCACAUAUUCAACUCCAAAGGCAUUUCGGAGAAUUUGGUAGUACAUCCAACAGGCCACACAGUUGCAGACCACAUGUAUCCACACCAGCCCAGGACAUCCACAUCCAACAUGUUCACCUCCAAGAUUGUCUGACAUCAAGAACCUGGACAGCUGCAAUAACUGCCAGGAACUGUAAGCUCUCAAAUUGACCAUAGUUUGUUUCUGUAACUGACUUGAGUGGGAAAAUGCUCAUAUUUGAUAGUGUUCAAGGGUAAAUCCCAGUUCUCCUUGGUCAGGGCAGAUGGCAGACAACAUGCCUGGUGUUGUGUUGGUCAAUGGUUUGCUGAUGUAAACCUUGUGAACAUCAGCAAACUGUUUCUGCACAUUCAAGUUGAAAGAGAAAGGGACUAGCUCCAAACUGUUCCCUCAAAGUUUCAAGAAUGAAAUUGUCUAAAAUGUUUUGGUAUGUUUAUAUAGCUCUUUUUUCAAAAUGCCAAGAAGACUAAAUGAAUGCUCUUUAAUGUUUGUCCCUGUUUCUCUAUAUGUCACAAUGUGUAUUGUUGAGUGAACCCAAAAGCACCAGGCCUGGGACUUUGUGUUGAUAACAAGACAAACCAGUAAAUCGUGACUGACAACAAAGUACUUAAAUACUGAGAGGUUUAAUACUGGAACAAAGGUACUGGGCUGUAUUCUUACGGGUUGCUGGUGUAUGUGAAAUGAGCAUGAGGCAGUCUGAGGAAAAGGAGAGAGACAUGGCACAGGGGGAAACAUAUUAUAUGCAGGUGACUAAAUAAACAAAAGAGACAAAGAAUAACCAGAAAAACGACAUAAACUCAACUCAGUAAGGAAGAACUGAAGUGGAAAUGGAAAAGAUGCAGAAGUAAAAAAAAAACUGAGGAUCAAAAAUUUGAGAAAACCCAAACCAAACUCAAACAACUCCAGAUCCUAACACUAUAUCCUGUGUCAAUGGAUAAAUGACACAAGCAGUGUUUAUAGACACAUGCCAUUUUACUCAUUUGACUUAAUUAUUGUUUAAUAAAGAUAUUGUAGUAUA